CUUGCAGGUUCGGCACCGUACAACCAGUAUGAACACCUGCCCCCCAUCAAGACCCAAUUCUCCAUUGAGAGCGACUCAGACAUGACCGAAUCCACAGGCCUGAUCCAAGAAUAUGAUGUCUUCGAUCCCGGCCGACCUCGGCCCAAGAUCAUUUUCGUGAUAGGGGGCCCUGGGAGCGGGAAAGGGACUCAGAGCAAUAGGAUGGCCUUCCAUUUCGGGUUCGUCUGCGUCUCCGUCGGAGAGAUAUUGCGCAACCAGAUGAUCCACCGUGCCACCAGCGACCGGAAGUGGGAACUCAUUGCCAAGAUCAUCGCCAAUGGGGAACUGGCCCCGUCGGAAACGGCCAUUGAGGAACUGAAACAGCAGUUUAUAAAGCAACAAGAUGCGAAGGGGUUUGUAGUGGACGGCUUUCCCAGGGACAUCAGCCAAGCCUUCACAUUUGAGGAGCAGAUCGGCUCCCCGGAUCUUGUGGUGUUCUUGGCGUGUUCGAGCCAACAGCUCCACCAGCGGCUAGAAAAGCGCGCGCAAGAGCAGGGGCGGCUGGAUGACCGCUCCCACGCCAUCGAGCGCCGGCUGGAGACCUUCAAGCUGAACGUCCCGUUGAUCGUGAAAUACUACCAAGAGAAGGGAGCCAUCGUGAGGUUCGACGCAGACAGGGAAGAGGAUGAUAUAUUUGCUGACAUCAGCAACUGCGUCCAGCAGCGGCUGCGGCCAGAGGCAACAGACGUCCCAGAUUCUCCACUGCCGUCUCCACUGGACAAUCUGUUCAGCCCAAGCCAAGAAUCUCCAAAGGAAGAGAAGACGGAGCAGUUCUUGGCUUCUUUGCUUCCCCCACCCCCAAAUUUCAUUGCCAUGCAGCCCACAUCCUCCAACAGCCGGGCGUCCUUUGCUGCCCCAUCAGGCGGCCAGAAUCACCCAGAGCUGCGAACCAACGCAAUUGGUACCAGCCUGGACAUAAUCGCUUCGCUCAUUGUUAUCAGCCAGACCCUGCGUGGGGCAGAGUUUGACCCCCUGGAGGAAUUCCCCAGGUUAUCUCCGACCUGUGACCAGAGAUAA